AUGACUCUCCCCCUCUCUCUCCUCUUCUCUCUCCUCCUCUCUCUCCACACCGCCAACGCCUUCGACAUCACUCAACUCCUCAACCAGUAUCCAGACUUCGCCACCUUCAACAGCUACCUCACCCAGACCAACUUGGCCGCCGACAUCAACGCCCGCAACACCAUCACCGUCCUCGUCCUCGACAACGGGAGCCUCUCCCCCCUCGCCGGGAAGCCGGUCGACCACAUCAGGAGCAUCCUCGCCGUUCAUGUGCUCCUAGACUACUAUGAUGCCCCCCGGCUGCAGACUCAAGCGGCCAGCCGCAACCUCAUCACCACGCUCUUCCAGACCACCGGCCUCGCUCGAGGCCAGCAAGGCUUCCUCAGCGUCGCUAGCCCGGCCCCCGGCACCUUCGCCUUCGGUUCAGCAAUGCCCGGAUCGCCACUCAACUCGAAUCUCGUCAAAUCUGUUUUCCUACAGCCUUACAACAUCUCAAUACUACAAUUGAGCGGUGCAAUCAUACCUCAGGGGAUUGAUGGCACCAAAACUUCCUCUCCGCCGUCUACCUCGCCUCCGGCCACCCCCAUCGCAACCGCAAUCCCACCGGCAACCACGUCACUUUCCCCACCAACAACGCCACCACAGUCGACCACCCCCGUCGCAACCGCAACCCCACCGGCAACCACGUCACUUUCCCCACCAACAACGCCACCACAGUCGACCACCCCUCCGCCAACUACAUCAGCUAAUCUACCAACAGCGCCACCACAAGCACAAGGAAGCUCGCCUCCUGUCCCAUCAAUGGCUCCACCAACACCAACCGCAGCCACGGUCCCAUCCAUGGCUCCACCAACACCAAGCGCAGCCGCCGUCCCAUCCACAGCUCCACCAACACCAAGCAAGGCUGCUCCCCUUCCAUCUACCACCCCACCACAGACAAGCACUGCUCCUGUUCAAUCUGCAGUACCACCAACGUCGAGCAAGGCCCCUUUACCUUCAACCGUCCCACCAGUUUCCGCCACGCCAUCUGCAUCCCCAGCCUCAACGAUAGCAAACUCCCCUGGUCCAGCUAUGGGUCCAGGUGCAAAGGGGCCAGUAUCAGAGGGGUCAGUAUCAGAGGCAGGAGCGGGAGAAGCAACUCCAAGCGGAGGUAAGCCGAAAAGUGCGGCCUCACCUCUCGACUCCGGCCUUGCUGUCGUGUUCACAAUGGUGUUAUCCGCCCUUUACCUAGCAUCAACAAUUUGAUACACCAACCAGUAUCAAAAAGUUAAUUUUUACGACUCUGUUUUUCUCUAGAGUCGUUCGGAUCUGUCAUGAGGUGGGGAGCCCCUCAACUAGAAUAAGUCAUUGAAAGAGUUGUAAUUCUUCCCUUGAUGGCAUUCACAAUAAUCAACUUCUCUCAACAA